UGAUGUAAUCCAGGAAUAUUUUUAAAUUUUGUAUUUUGCUUCAAAUUAGGGCAUAGUUUGAUUUAGAUAAAAACAAGAAAACGACUCCCAAAAAGGAAGAUCCUCAGCCGCCCAAGGCCCGGCUGCUCAGGCGGUGCGGUGGGCAGUGGACCGGCUCAACCACCCAAUAGUAAAAACGGGCGGUGGUCACGUCAUCUCAGCCCUCAUCUUUCCUCCCCUUUUGUUUUUACUCAUGGGUGCGUACUUUAUGCACGGCGCAGGUUAGCCUCCCCCACCACCUCACCGCUAGAUCCCCAAGUCAGCCGCUUCCCUCUCUCCUCCUCCACCCUACUUUUAUCCAUUCAUACCUAAUCGCCAAUCCUUCAUUAUGCCUCCUCCUCCUCCUCCUCCCACCACCACCACCCAUCGCCUCUCUGUUUCUAUUUCUCCCUCUUCCGUAUCACCGCCAUCGCUAUGGCCAGCUCGAACUCGCCUUCUUCCCAACAAGAACCAACAAACCCACUCGCCGUUCAACAAUCAAAAUCAACCGCCGCUUCACGACGCAUACCUCCUCCCUGCUGGUCGCACGACGAGACCGUUGCGUUAAUUGAUGCGUAUCGUGAUAAGUGGUAUUCUCUCCGGCGAGGAAACCUACGCGCCUCCCACUGGCAGGAGGUCGCCGACGGCGUCACCGCUCGGUGUCCGUUAGGUAACCCGCCGAAAACCUCGGUUCAGUGUCGUCAUAAGAUGGAGAAGCUUAGAAAACGUUAUCGUGCGGAGAUCCAACGAAUCGGAAACAACCCAGGUGGCCAUCGGUAUCCGUCUUCGUGGGUUCACUUUAAACGAAUGGAUUCGAUGGAAUUAGGGUCGUCUCCUUCAGAUCCGAGUAAUCAAGACGAAGAGGAAGAAGAUGGGGUAGGCGAUGAAAACGAAGACGAUUUGUUGUUGUAUCCUAGAGGAAUCAAACAAGCCAUCGCUCUCCCUCUCAAUCGACGUUACCAGAGCUCGAUUGGUAACGGCGUUGCUGGAAACGGUGUUCGAAUUAAAAUCCCAAAUCUCGCCGGCGUCCCACCACCACAACCGUUAAACGUAUACAACAGUAAUAUAUCAAUGGAUGAUUACCCACCGCCUAUGAACCCACAUUACGGGUCAGGUAAGGGCUCGAGAGAUGGAUACAUGAAGGAAGCUUUUGGAAGUGAGAUGAACAGAAAACAUGGCGGCGGCGUUGGUGGAGGGAUGAAGAGGAGGAAGGACAUGGAGAACAGUGAGAGUCAUCUGAUGGAUGAAAUGGUGGCAGCGAUUCAGAAGUUAGGAGAUGGGUUUGCGAAGGUGGAGAGGAUGAAGAUGGACAUGGCAAGAGAGCUUGAAUCCAUGCGAAUGAAAAUGGAGAUGAAAAGAACUGAAAUGAUCCUGGAAUCACAGCAGAAGCUUGUGGAUUCAUUUGCAAAAACAGUAAUGGAGAAGAAGAACAAGAAGAUCAAAAGAAUGCCCACACCAGAAUCAUGAAACAAAAGCUUCGUUUUAUAUCUCUAGGUCAGUAAGAACAUGUAUUUUCAUUGAAUUUGUGUUCAGAUCCUUCGAAUUCUUAGUUUUUUUUUUUUUUGUUAAUAAUUUGUUCUAGCUUCUAGGAGUAGUGUAGUAGUAGCAGUAGUAUCAUGUUUUCUUAUGCAAUGGAAAUGGUAGCUCUUUAUCAUGCAAAUGACUUGUUUUGAUCUCCAUUUCCUUAAUUCUUGUUGAUUAUGUGUUUUGAUUCAAGUUGAUAAAUUUGAUCCUACUUUGUUCA